UCUUUCCUUCCGUCUUUUACUCUCCUCCUCUCCUUCAUCGUUUCCGCAACCCAAUUUUUUCUCUUCUCAUCUCUUUCUUAGAUUCCUUUUUUUUUUCUUUCUCAGAUCUCUUCUUCUUCAGAACGAUCCUCUGUUUCUUUUUCUUUUUUGGUUCCUCUCUCUCUGGGGUUGUUUUUUUUCGGAGGAAGAAUCUCCUUUAAAUUUUCCUUCUUCUACUGAUCUCGUCGAAUUUUUCAGAUUUUUAUUUAUAUUAUGCAUGGUCUAGUGGAUGAUGAUUGAUAACGUCUGAUUUCUGGAAUUUAGUGACGUUUCUGGGUAUUAUGAUAUUGUAGAAAAUUUUGUGUUUUUUUUAUUUUGUUUUUAAUAAUUUGGGUCAAUGAUAAUAGUAGCCGGCGAGUCGGUUUCUUAGGGUUUACUUUUUCUAAUUGUCUUUGUUGAAUUAUUGGAUUUUUCUAUUUUGGUAAUCGAUUUUCUCUGCAUUUUUGAUUUUUAAUUGGAAUUUCAACGCUAUUAUUGCAGAGAAUUUCAGCUUGAGGAAUUUGUUAUUGGUGGAAAAAAACUAGAAUUUUUUUUUCUAUAAAUAUAUUCAUGUCAUAUUAGAAUCGAAUCUGGAUGUCAGAAGAACGUGUGCAUAAACUUGGGGUUGGUGUAAUAGUUUAAACCAAUUCUUACAACAACAAAAAUUCAGGUUCUCUGCACAAUUUUUUUUUUAACCUCCUUUUAUCCCAAAUUUACAUAUUUGCUAUAAAAAAAAAACAAUUUGAUAAUGAUGAAAAUUUUGAUUAGUUCUGAAAAUUUUUGAGUCUAAUCUCGUUUGGUGAUUUGUUUCUGCUAAUUCUGAUUGAAAUUAGGGUUCUUUUCGUUGUGUGUGAGAUUUGUUAUAGAAGAAAGAAAACGAAAAAAAAAAUGGAAAAAACAAAUGAGACAAAAGCUUCACCGGAAAACAACCUCAGAAGCAGAGGAGCUGUUGGUAACAACAGCAAGAAAGACAUGAUUUUUCGAGCUGAUAAAAUCGAUUUGAAGAGUUUAGACAUUCAGCUUGAGAAACAUCUGAGUAGGGUUUGGUCAAGAAGCAUUGAGAAGAAUCCAAAGCCAAAGGAAGAAUGGGAAAUCGAAUUAGCUAAAUUGGAGAUGAGGAAUGUCAUUGCUCGUGGUGCUUAUGGUAUUGUCUACAAAGGCAUCUAUGAUGGUCAAGAUGUUGCAGUGAAGGUUCUUGAUUGGGGAGAAGAUGGCUACGCCACAGCAGCUGAGACAUCAGCUCUUCGUGCUUCAUUUCGACAAGAAGUUGCGGUUUGGCACAAACUUGACCAUCCUAAUGUCACAAAGUUUGUUGGAGCAUCAAUGGGAACAACGAAUCUGAAGAUACCUUCAUCAGCUGAGACACAGAACUCGUUGCCUCAACGAGCUUGUUGUGUUGUUGUGGAGUAUCUUCCUGGUGGUACUCUUAAGCAGUAUUUGUUCCGUAACAGGCGAAAGAAACUCGCUUUUAAAGUCGUUGUUCAACUCGCUCUUGAUCUCUCUCGAGGGCUAAGUUAUUUGCAUUCAGAGAGAAUUGUUCAUCGAGAUGUGAAAACAGAGAACAUGCUUUUGGAUUAUCAGAGGAAUCUAAAGAUUGCUGAUUUUGGGGUAGCUAGAGUUGAAGCUCAGAAUCCAAAGGACAUGACUGGAGAAACUGGUACUCUUGGUUACAUGGCUCCAGAGGUUCUUGAUGGUAAGCCAUACAACAGAAGAUGCGAUGUUUACAGCUUUGGGAUAUGCUUGUGGGAGAUUUACUGUUGUGAUAUGCCUUAUCCUGAUCUCAGCUUUGCUGAUGUUUCUUCAGCCGUUGUUCGUCAGAACCUGAGACCGGAGAUACCGAGAUGUUGUCCGACAUCAUUAUCGAGCAUAAUGAAGAAAUGUUGGGAAGCGAAUCCGGAGAAACGACCGGAAAUGGAGGAAGUUGUGAAGAUGCUUGAAGGAGUCGACACCUCCAAAGGCGGCGGAAUGAUCCCGGAAGAUCAGAGAUCUGGCUGUUUCUGCUUUGUCUCCGGCCGUGGUCCCUGAAUUUACUAUUCUACCCCCUCUCGACCCAUCUUUUCCUUUCUGCUUCUUCUUCUUAUACCUUUCCACAUUGAAUUUUGGAGCAAUGCUCUGUUUUUUUCUUCUUUAUUCUGUCGAGAUCAAAAAAAGAUUUUUCAUUACUAUAAAAGAAUAUAUUAUUAUUUUAUAUAUGUCAUUGUGAAUUUGUGAAUAUGAAUAUUGGCGUUUUGCUUCAA